AAUUACUUCCACAAUGAUGGCAAUGAGUGCAAAAAGAAAUAAAAAAUCUAGUUUUGAUUUACAUGAGCGCUGGCUUUGGUAUAGUAUUGUAUUGCUACUUCAUAUACCCUAUACUAUUGGUGCAUAUGGAAACGUGGUGUCGCUUCCGGGAGAGUGCCGUGAUAUGAAUGGCAAGAAAGUAGAACAAGAUGCACACUAUGUGCCUCCUGGAUCGGAUACGUGUAGAUUGUGUUUAUGUGACAAUGGUCAUCCAAAGGCAUGCAAAGCUGUGCUUUGCUCACCGCCUCAUGAUUGUAAAUCCUUUCAGAUUGGUAGUUCAUGUUGCGAAUUCAUCUGUUUAGAUGAUACAAUAGGCAACACUACGGAUAAAACCUACGACAUCGGCAUGUGACUAGUAGCUACUGGAGUGAUUGUUACAUUUUCUUUAACCUUGCUUUUCUUCAUAAUUAGUCGCUUAAGGCAUCGUAAAAGUCGUGCCCAAGAAGGUCGCGAAGCCAUCGAUGAUUCUAAUCAACGCAAUAUGGUUAACAAUGUGAGUUACAUGGGAGGUAGUAUUGGCUAUCUCGGUGGAGGAACAAUGAAUAUGGAUUAUUCGUAUGUAGACCAUGCCAUAGCUCCGCACUACCAGCUUUGGAAACCACCAGGAGCAUAUUACACGAGGGGGGAAGCUCCACCUCCUUACGAGGAAGCAAUAGCCAUCGCUCAUGCCGAGUCCUUGAGUUCGUGUACCGUCAG